AUGAGUGGAAAAUUUGUCAGGGCGUCCAAAUAUCGCCAUGUCUUUGGACAAGGCUCUAAAAAGGAAUUGUGCUAUGAAAACCUCAAAAUCACAAAGAACGCAUGGGAUUCCAACAUUAUCCAAACCAAUGGAAAGUACAUAUCUGCAAACUGGGAUGCAUCAGGUGGUGGAGCGUUUGCAGUUAUUCCCGUUGAAGAAGUUGGCAAAGCUCCCGACAAGGUUUCAUUGUUUAGGGGCCACAAAGGUCCCGUUUUGGACACUGCUUUCAACCCAUUUGACUCGCAAGAAAUUGCUAGUUGCUCAGACGAUGGUAAAAUCUUGAUUUGGAAGAUUCCGCAGGACUACUCUUUUCAUCGUUAUCUCGAUGAGAAUGAUGAAAUCAGGGAUAUUACGGAACCCUCAAAAGUGUUGCUGGGACAUACUAGAAAAGUUGGUUUGAUUGAAUACCAUCCUUGUGCAGCAAAUAUCUUAGCCUCGAGCUCUUUGGACUACACUGUCAAAAUUUGGAAUACGGAAACCGGUAAAGACGAAAUAACUUUACAACACAAAGACUUGGUGACCUCUUUUGCCUUUAAUUACAAUGGGUCCUUGUUGGCAACUACGUCUAGAGACAAGAAGCUUAGAAUUUGGGAUGUUAGGGAAGGAAAAGUGUUAUCAGAGGGUCCAGGACACACUGGAGCUAAACCUUCUAGAAUUACAUGGCUAGGAAACACUGACAGAAUAGUGACUACUGGAUUUUCCAAGUUGUCUGAUCGUCAAGUUGGCGUAUGGGACAUUCAGCACAUUGACAACGGUCCAAUUGGCGGAUUCAUGGUUAUCGAUGCAUCCUCAGGUGUUCUCGUUCCUUAUUUCGACCCUGCAAACUCGAUUUUAUACCUUGCUGGAAAAGGUGAUGGUAAUAUUCGUUAUUAUGAGUACGACACUGAUGAGUUGUAUGAAUUAUCUCAAUAUGCAUCCACCGACCCACAAAGAGGAUUCGCAGUUGUUCCUAAACACUCCGUAAAUGUUAAAGAAAACGAAGUUUUGCGAGCAUUCAAGACAGUUUUGGAUACUCUGAUUGAACCAAUUAGCUUUAUUGUCCCCAGAAGAUCGGAAUUAUUCCAACUGGACAUUUAUCCAGAUUGUCCUUCUACAACUCCUGCCCUUAGUGCCGAGGAGUGGCUUGAUGGCAAAGAGGUUAAUGGACCGGUUUUGAUGAAUAUGGAAGCUCUCUAUGAAGGAAAAGAGCCAAGCUUGAAGGAUAGCAAACCUGCCACUAAUGUUUCUGAGGUCAAAGAGGCCAAAAGUAGAGAUUUGCAGAAACAAAAGGAAGAAGCUGGCCAGAAAAAAGAGCAAGAGAAAAAGUCAAAAGAGUCUUCACCUUUGCCUUUGUCGUCAUCACCCAGGGCAGAUAAGUCCGAACCAGCCAAGAAAGAAGGUCAAUCAAGUGAGAAAAACUCGUCUUUAAGUGGAAGUCCAGACAAGAAUGUAGAUGAGUUGUUACAAAAAUCAAAUGAGGUGGGUAGUUUGUUGAAUAAAGUAGCUAAUCAAUCGGAUGAGGAAGAAACAAGUGAAGCCGAGGAAUCAAAAGAUGAUGGAUGGGAAGAGGUGAAGAAACCAGAAACAAAGUCGGUCUCUCCUGCAGAAAGUAAAAUUAAAGAAGAUGGAAAGAGUGAAACAGUGACUUCCGCACCUUUGAGCACGGCAAAUGAACAGGAAAAUGCGAAUUUGAAACUUGAGGCAACUUCCACUGAGCCCAAGCCCACUAAAGCUGAAAAUAAAGUGGAAACACCGAAAUUGGUCAAUGACAAGGAAAAGAACGAGAAAGACUCCGCCCCUUCAUCCAAAGACAAAUCAAAGGAAGAAGCUAAAACGGCAUCCGAUGAAGACAAAUCAACCAAGCCUACCAAUGCAAGACCUACAUUAGCAUCCACAAUUGACAGAUUGUCCAGUUUGGUGUCUCAGUUUGAAUCGCAUAUUGUCAAGCUAGAAAAAGCCAAUUUGGACAAGGACGAGAGAUUGAAAGCCUUAGAGGACAAAAUCGAGAGUUUGCUUAAAAAGUAA